ACGGGGACAACUCAGUAAACAUAAAAUUAUUGUGACGAUACGUUUUCAGUGUUCUGUACACAUGUUGUACACAUCAGUGUUGUCUGGAGUCAAUCUGACCCCAGGCUUUCUGCUGUAUGAAACAUAGAGGAAAUAUCAACAGUUUAGUUUUGUUUUGGUUGUUUUGGAUGAUAUUAAGGUCACUAUAACAUGCAAUUUUAGAAUCUUCAGAAAACUUCAGGGCCCUAAACUUUUUGAAAUUGUGUUUGCAUUUUCCUCGGGUCGAAUUGACCCGGCACAUAAUAUAUUGUCAUAUUCUUCCAUCCAUCCAUCCUCUAUACACCGCUUAAUCCUUAUGAGGGUCAUGGGGCUGGAGUCUAUCCCAGCUGACUCGGGCAAAGGCAGGGGACACCCUGGACAGGUCACCAGUCUGUCACAGGGCUACAUAUACAGACACACAAUCACACUCACAUUCACACCUACGGCCAAGUUAGAGUAAUCAGUUAACCUCAGCAUAUUUUUGGACUGUGGGAGGAAGCCAGAGAAAACCCACGCAUGCACAGGGAGAACAUGUAAACUCCUCAGGAAGACUGGGAUGUGAACCGGCGAUCUUCUAGCUGCAAGGCAAAAGUGCUACCGACUAUGGCACUGUGCAGUCCUGUUACUAUUCUUGAUAACAGAAAUCGUUUUUCAUUCCAAAUGUUACAGAGAACAAAAAUAUGUACUUUGAAAUAAUAUAAAGCCAACAAAGCACCAAAGAGAUAUCUCUUUCUGAUUUUAUUGUGAUCUGAAAAUGUCUCCAUAGUCGCGUACCAGGUAUUCUGGAUGUAUGAAAGGAGUGAGUGGGAAGUUGUUUUAAUGAAAGGGCUAUUUAGGUAGUGAACAAAAAGACAAAGUACCUGACAUAAACUUGAGAAACAAUUUUAAUUGUAAUUACUGUCUGGAGGUUUAAAUUGCUGGAGUCAAACUGACCUCAAGGAUAAAAGAUGUUCGCAAAUUUGAAGGGAAGUAUUUCUAUUCUAUUCCAAAUGUGAUGAUUUGACAUUGAACACUGCAGUCAAUUUGCAAACUUUCCACAAGGGGGUAGCAUCUAUCUUAGUGUAGGAAAAUGCCAACAUCAGGUACAAUGGGAACAGUUGACUCACUGUGCAAAACUUCAGCUCAUCUGGAGUUUGAGAAUAGCAUUAAAAUGAAUUAAAUAGUCAUUGAAAACCAUGUUAUUCACUGGUUUGACACUAAACAAGCAUCCAACGCAACACUCCAGUAGGUACUGAACUUGUUACUGGUCUGUACCGAGCUCCUGGUUCUGGCCACACCCUUGGCAGGGCCGACUGAACACGUCGGACCAGUGAUGACUCCCAGAGGGUGUGUCCUGCCUGGUUGAACCAGAGCAGCCUUCACCUCCUCCUCCUCCUCCUCACCGGCUGGGAGGUUUGUUCCCAGCCUGCCUCAGUCCACCUCCUCCAGGCUUCACAGAAACUCAGCAGCAGCGCAGAGCCCAAAAAACGCCUCUCAGGAGGGUGAAAGUGAAGCAAAUUCCCAGCGGGUUUAACUGGAAACUGCUGGAACUACCACCAAAGAUUCAAGUUGGACUAACCGGCUGAGGACAUUUGCAGGAUCUCCUGUAACCAUGGGGGACGUGGUUUCCUCUCACCUGGAUGAGGGCAGGCGGGAGAUGAUUACAGCUAGGACCAGAGACGUGAUGAAACAGUUUGGCGACGUGUACGAGCAGCAGUACGCCGUCGCUCUGUUCAACAGCGUUCGCUACGAGAUCGAAGGCGGAGGAGGAACCCAGUCGCAGCUGCUUCACAGAAAGGACCCUCUGGCAGGUCGGUCCAUCUUCUCAGGGAGUCUGUUUCAGUACCUGGAGGAGAAUCGGAAGUGGAGGAAUCGCUUCGUAUCGGUGCCAAACAGCUACAACAUCGACCUCUAUGAGAGUAAAACAGCACAUGAACGAGGGCUGCAUCCUAAAGUAACCAUCAACUGUGCUGGGUACAAAGCUCUGGGUUCAAUGGAGGAGUACAUGGAGCUGAUUAAUAACAGCCUGCCAGGUAUCAAGGCCAAAGUGGGAAACCAUCCAUUCAUCAAGUGUGCCACUCAGUUCCCCCUGAUCCUGUGGCAUCCAUACGCCCGCCACCAUUACUUCUGUGUGAUGACUGAGAAGGAGCAUAAGAAGUGGCAUGCAGUGCUGCAGGACUGUGUCAGACACAGCAACAAUGCUGGUCUUUCAGAGGACUGCACUGUUCAAACUCCAGCCUUCACCGACUCUGUGAGGCUCCACAGACAGGCCAAAGGACACUACGGGACCUGGGAUAUGAUGUGUGGAGAGCCGCCACAGAUUUUGGCUAAUCUGGUGAUGGAGACCCUCCACCCCGAGCUGAGGAAUGUGAUUGGUCCUCGUCUGAAGGGGAAGUUGCAGCAGAGGCAAAGGAACUGGAUGUUGAUCUCUGAUGCAGUGUACAAGCAGGUGUUGUCUCAGACCACGGGGCAGUAUGAAGCUCUGGUGGAAGCCUGCGAGGCCCAAAAAGCUCCACUGGACGCCAGGCUGCGAACCGACAUGGACCAGAUCAUCACGUCUAAGGAGCAUGUCAACAGCAAGAUACGAGCUCUGGUCCUGCCCAAAGCCGAGCAGCUCCUCCGGACCAGCGUCCAGCCCUACAUCAGCUCCAUCCUGGAGGCCCUGAUGGAGCCCACCAGCCGGGGUUUCUCUGAGGUCCGGGACGUCUUCUUCAGGGAGCUGGUGGAGAUCAGCAAGAACUCCAUUAACGGAGGAGGCAAAGAAAAGCUGGGAGAACAAAUGGAGCGGCUCUCCAUGCUUGCCUUCCACCCGGUGAAGAUGCAGAGCUGCUAUGAGAAGGUGGAGGAGCUCAACCUGGAGGGUCUGCAGCAGAGGUUCGACGUCUCCAAUCCAUCCGUGUUCAUCAGCAGGGCCCAGAUCCUUAUGAGGGAGCAAAUGGACAACGCAGUGUACACAUUCGAACAGCUGCUCAACCAAUCUUUAGAAGCUCAGGGAGAAGAAAACAUGGUCAAAACCAUCCAGCGAUGCCAAGACAGAGUUCUGAAGAAAUACGACUAUGACAGCAGCACGGUGCGUAAGAAGUUCUUCAGAGAGGCUCUGCUGCAGAUCAUCAUCCCCUACAUGCUGCAGCAGCUUUCACCGUCCUGUUCGCCUGAACUUCCUCGCUUCAAGGAGCUAAUCUUCGAGGACUUCUCCCGAUUUCUGCUGGUGGAAAACAUGUUUGAGGAGGUGGUGCUGCAGUCAGUCACCAAAGACAUAAUGAUGGCUGUGAAGGAGGCGGCAGUGCAGAGGAGACACAACCUCUACAGGGACAGCAUCAUCCUGACCAACAGCGACCCAAACCUCCACCUGCUCGGGGAAACGCCUGGAGUGGACUGGGCCGCCAAAUUCGGAGGCGAGGAACCGGACGGCUCUGUGGAAGCCGAAGACAGAGGUUCUGGGAGGAGACGCAAGCAGGUGGUGUCCAUGAUCCAGCUGGACGGGGUUCCUCUGCCCUACGAGUCUUGCCUGGAGGUGCCGGGGGUGGAGCUCAUCCCCGAGGAGGACGCCGAGGCCUGCAAGGAGGAGGAUCAGGAGGACGAAGAGGAGGAGGAGCUUGGUCUGCCUGCGGAGCCAAAGUCUCCUGACAGUGUGAACGAAAUCAGAGACUUGAUCAACCCGGUGGUGGAGGUGGUGCUGCCGGUGACCGAGGAGGAGAAGAGCGACGUGACCAACGGGACGGAGCAUGCCAGCGGCACCAUCGUCAUGGAGGACGGCGUGCAGGAGGAGGUGACCCACGUGACCACCGUCGUAGAUGAUCGACCCAGGACGUCACCGCGAGACAAGAUGUCUCCGCAGAUGAUCCUGAAGCAGCUGGUGGGAAACAAGAAGCAGGAAGCCGACAAGGAGGAAGCAGCCAUCAAGAACGCCAUCGAGGAAAUAGAGAUCGCUGUUCGGGAAGACGAACGGGUUGCCGAGGAACCCGCAGCAGAAUCAGAUGGAGAAUCCUCGCCACCACCGGUCCCAGACUCUCGCUCACGUGACGACAGCGGCUUCCAGUCGCCGACCAAUGAGGGGCCGGAUGACGGCGAGCCUCAGCCAAUCACAAACGGUCUGAACAGGGAUGACAAAGUCGUCGAUCCUGCAGAAGUGGAAGUGAUUUUAGCGUGACAAUCCUCUGCAUGGUUCGUCUAAAACUGGAGAAAAACCGCAGGGAGGAAGUAGAAGUGUCCCAUUUACUGAAAGAGAAUGAAUAAUUGUAUUUAAGGGUUUAAAUAUGCAUUUUCUUUACUGUCGUUGUACUCACUAAACCAACACUCUCAUACGCCUCUCGACUUCUUUUUAAAACGUACAGCAUCUCAUGGUGAUCGGUUCGCUCUAUGCAGCUUAUUUUCUGUUGGUUUUCACAACGCAAUCAACAUAUCUGGUAGAAACUAGCUAAGGCCACAGGCUGAGGGUUCUAAGAUGGUUUUAAAAACUUACUAAAUAGGGGAAAAAGUCAGAUGUUUCCAGAUGUUUAAGGUUUGUUCAAUGUCUGGAGUUUAUCUGGUUAAAUAAGUUAUAAAUCAUCUUUUGUUCUGCAGGCCUCUAACGUGCAUGUUGUCUAUCUGGGCAGUAGGGGGCGCCACAGCUACACUUUCCAUGUUUCUGCAUCUCUAUGUUCAUUUUAUCUACUAAAACGUUCAAAUACCGCUGUCCAUUUGUGUAAUAUGUAAUUUUAUAAACAUGUAAUUUGUUUACUUUGUAAGCAUUUCUUCUUAUGUGCAAACGGCCUUAAAGUUUCAACGUGUUUCGGCGGUUAACAGUCAGGGAAUGAUUUAAUACAUCCACAGCGAUUUGAAAAAGCAAGAUGUCUAUUUUUUAUAUGUAUCUUGGGAGAAAUUAUUGUUUCUUGCGACUUUGCCUGUAGGUCUAGAGAUGACCGAGACACAGUAAUGGCUCUUCAACAAGGAGGAUUUGACGAAAUUGUAAUCAAAGGAUGAGAUAUAAUUGAUUACGUUGAUUUCUAAUGCUGCCGUUUAUUUCACUUCCAUACUGUUUUUUCAGCCUCACUGUAAGUACAUUGAAUCAAAUACAAGAAAUGACUAUUUAAAACCAAUCUUUUCUUAUUUAAUUAAAUAUUUCUGAGUCAAGAGCUCAUUCAAACUUACUGUAAAUCAUAAAAUGACUCCAAUUCCUGUUAUAAAACAUUCUGUGACUGUCUAGUAAUCCUACAGUUAAAGUAUAUUUUGGGGAUAUGUAAUUGCCAGAUCACUUGUUAAAGGUUUUCCUGUAAAAAAAACUAAACUAAAUACAGUAAAAUCUUGCGCAAGUGUUGCUAAAGUUCACACUUUUGCAAGGUUCUGCUCACCUGCUAAGACUUGAGGUUACACUAACAAUUCUUUUUUUUUUUUUUUGCAAUAUAACAAUUGAAUAGCUAGAAUAGCCACAGAAAUUAGAAUUUUACAAUCACUGUUUCACAUCUGACAACAGUAAAACUUGGGAAAAUGAAAGAUUUGUCUUAAAUUAUAGCUAGACAGGCUAACAGUGGUAAAUAAAGUGCAAACAUAUAAUUUUUACAUCUCAAUUUCUAUUAUAAAAAGCAGCAAAAUACAGUUUUUUUUCUGUAAAAUAAAAAACGAUGUAACCAGAUAGUCAUUUUCAGCGCUGCACACUCUAAUUGUUGAGUUUUUCCUCACUUUUCUGGCACCUGUAGAUGACAAACUAAGCAGCAUUUUAAUGGUAAAUGUAUUCUUCUCCAUGUUGCCACUGUAUCUGUAUCUGAUCAUCCCUUCCACUGGAGAGCCACCGUGUCCUGUUUAUUUAUUUUAAAACCUCUGUGGUGUCUGACAUCCAGGUAUGAACAUCUGUCCUUUGUUUGUACGUGAAGAAUAUAUACAUAUCGAAACGGACAAAUAAAAAAAUCUUUCAUAA